AUGUUGACUAUAAGAGAAGCUUUUCUUUCGAGGGUGCGGCCUUUCAUGGAAAUGUUAGAUCAAUCUAGCCUUGAUGACAGAAACAUUGACAGCAUGCUUGUAGUACUACCAUGCCGUACGCCUCGCUUCAGUCAACAUGGUGGAGGGGGCUACAAUGACAAAGGCAAAACUCCUUACAACCAGAUGUAGAGUACACUGGUGCCUCAGGAAGGCCUAAGAUUCGUGUAACUAAAGAACAGUUAUCUCACCUUGCGGGUAACGGUUUUAAGGGGACGGAUAUGUUUCGUAUGUUGAGUAUUUCUCAGGCUACACUCCACGGCCAGCUUAAGGAUUUUAACCUUGAAAUUUCUCAUUCAUUUUCAACUAUCGACAAUGAUACCUUGGAUGGUAUUGUUCGAAGUAUAAAGGAGGAGUUCCCUAAC